AUGGACGGACUUCCCGAGGAGCUUCUCGACCUGGUGGUCGCCGAGUGCGACCUGGUCUCCCUGAAGCGGCUGCGUAGGACCUGCAAAGUACUCGCCCGUCUGGCUACCCCGCGCGUCUUCGAACACGUGCACAUUGGCAUGUUCAUGGAGAGCUUGCAGAAGAUCUGCUGCAUCGCCGCGCACUCCGACUUCCGCGGCAUGGUCAGGAAAUUGACCUACCAUGGAGAGCUGCUGCCGUACUUUGAGAGUAGAGACGAGUACGCCGAGCGGAUAGACAUGCGGCCGCCCUUCAGUCUGUUCUACCAAAUGUAUUGCUUUGAAAAGGGGCUGCCGGUGCUGCCUUCAGGCGACAUGAGGUAUCGUGAAGCGAAGAGCGCGGCGCUCGCCAUCUGGACUAAGCUGCCGAAAGUAGACCCGGAGCUAGACCUGGACGCCUACUACAAGGACUACCAGACCAUCUGGGAGGAACAGCAGGACUGGGAUGAGGAGCGGACCCAGAUACUUCGACGAGCAAUCUGCAACCUGCCGAAUCUGGAAAUGGCCGAAGUGUCGUUGCAAGAGAUGGGGACGCCGAAGAACCACGGACCAGUAUGGGGGAGGCUGUUGCCGCGGAUCCUGCAGGGCCCGGACGAUUGGAAGUUCAUCGACUCGAACGAGGAGGCUUCUCUUGGUGUGAGCUUGGACGGGGCCCAGCAAAUAACGCACCUGCUCAAAGCGCUGUGCGAGAGAACCACCAAGCCAGUCCGUUCGCUGAAAUUUGCUACCAGCAACAAUGUCUUCUGGUGCCAAGCAACCCGAUUGCCGUUCGGUAACCAGAGUCUGUGGCCAGACGAGCUCGGAGGCCUCGAAAUCGACGGUCGCGUGUACGAAAUGAGAUAUGCAUUUCAGAACCUGACACAUCUCGAACUUCUCAUCUCAUUUGACCACUUUUGGGACCGGAGAGAUUGGAUAGGGAGCGGCAUGCGGGCAUUUCUGCAAGAAGCCAAGAAAUUAGAAAGGCUCCACUUCGGUUACAGCGAAGAGACCAAGGACCGGGAAGACGACCGUUGGGACGAUCCCCUCCAAAUCCUGGGGGAUGUGCAUUGGCCGGUGUUGCGUACUUUACGUGCAAGCUUCACAACGCGAGAGAGCCUGUUGAUUGAUCUCCUCAAACGCCAUUCGGCAACACUUAAACGCCUUUCCCUGGUGGAUAUGGCCUUGUCACGAGCGCACGGCUCGUGGGCAUCUAUCAUUGAGCAGAUUCCUCGCAUCCUCAAACUAGAACAUAUCUACGUGGAGUCGCUAUGGGAUUCCACGUGCGAGGACAAUGGAGGAGCCGGCCUGUUUGAGUUCUGGGAAGGCGGCGCUUAUGAAAGAUCAAUCAUGGACUACUGUAUCAAUGGUGGCCAACCUCCGCUCAUUUAUCCGCGAGACUGGAAUCAGGCACAUCCGGACGAGCCAACACAGGACUAUUUUGCUCCUCUGCGUGACCAUGAUUCAGAAGAGAGCGAGGAGGGACCCAGUGAGGAGGAGGCUAGUGAAGACGAAGAGGAUGAGUUUUUGGUGGAGUAA